AUGGGCUCAACAACAGACAAACCGCUGCGAAUCGCCUCCGCUUCCGGCUCAGUCACCGACCGACGCCAUGCGUUGGCUGAUUUAGCCAAGAAUGAGCCAGUCGACUUUAUCGUCGGCGACUGGCUCUCAGAGUACAACAUGACCACAAGAGGAGGAGGCAAAGUCGACAGUGCAGGCUCUACAGAUGAAUUUGAGCUUUCAUUCCUUGAGGCUCUGGAACCAGCCUUGACUCACUUGGCAUCGAGCAAAGCCAAGAUUGUGGUCAAUGCUGGUGCUAGCGAUACCAAAAAGCUUCAUGAUGUUGUUGUGGAAAAGAUUGCAGCCGCUGGCCUGAGUCUCAAGGUUGCUUGGGUUGGCGGGGAUGAGGUUUUUGAUGUUGUCAAAAAGACCAUUGACAAGGGAAAUGCCUUCAAGAGUCUCACGCAUGGCCGCAACCUCUCUGAAUGGGGCCUUGAACCCAUCUACGCCCAAUGCUACCUCGGUGGCUGGGGUAUCGUCGAGGCGCUCAAGCAUGGCGCUGAUAUUGUCCUUUGUGGUCGAGUCGCAGAUGCUUCACCCACCAUCGGAUGUGCAGCUUACCACUUCGGCUGGAGCCAAGAAGACUAUCAGCAACUAGCCUCGGCUUUUGUUGCUGGUCACUUCAUCGAGUGCUCGACAUAUGUCACUGGUGGCAACUUUACCGGCUUCAAGGACUUACCCGGCGAUUCAACCAAUCUGGGUUUUCCCAUUGUGGAAAUGCAGAGCGACGGCACUUUCUAUGUCACCAAGCAAAAGGAUCGUGACGGUAUUGUCACUGUCGAUACCUGUAAGGCACAGUUACUCUACGAGAUUCAAGGACCCUUGUAUUACAACUCGGAUGUCGUGGCCAAGCUUGACAAUAUCAAGCUUGAGCAAGUUAGCAAGGACAAAGUAUACGUACACAAUAUUGGCGGCUUGAAGCCUCCUCCUACCACAAAGGUCGGCAUCACCGCCAAGGGUGGCUACCAAGCCGAAGCCCAUUACUUUCUUUGUGGUCUAGACAUCGAAGAAAAGGCUUCCAUGCUUGAGAAGCAGGUACGGGCUAUGCUUGAUGAGUCUCAAUUCCACUGCCUUAAGUUCCGGAUCAACGGCCGAUGUCCUGAAAAUCCAAGGAACCAAGACGCUGCUACAGUUGACGUUCGUAUCUUUGCUCAGGCCAGAAACGAGGAGUCUCUAUCUACUGCCAAAUUUCUGCGUCCUGUAACGGACGUGAUCAUGCAAUCAUACCCUGGCGCUACAUUCGCUGUAGACGCUCGACAAGCAGUCUCCAAGCCUUAUUACGAGUACUUUGUCGCUCUUAUUCCACAGAGCGACGUUGCACACGUGGCCUAUGUCCCUUCCAAGGGUCUUGAAAUUCCCAUUCCUGCUCCUACUGACACCCAAGACUUCCUCUACGAGCAGGAUACUUACGAGACCACAUCUCCUGUCGACCUGUCCAGUUUUGGACCCACCACAAAAGCUCCCCUUGGUUAUAUAGUCCACGCUCGUUCUGGUGACAAGGGAUCAGACGCGAAUGUUGGCUUCUUCGUUCGAAACGCUGAUGAAUGGGAUUGGCUUCGGAGCAUUCUCACUGUCAAUAAGAUCCGUCAUCUUUUGGGUGACGACGAUACCGGAAAGCCCAUCUUCCGCUUUGAGCUUCCGCACAUUUACGCGGUGCAUUUUCUCCUUAAGGAUCAUCUAGAUCGUGGUGUAGCUUCUAGCUCAACUUACGACGUGUUGGGUAAGAAUUUGGCCGAGUACUUGCGAUGCAAGUUAGUAGACAUACCUACCAAAUUCUUGGACCGUGGAAGGAUUUAA